CGCCCACUGAUACAGCUCCCAGCCCCGGCCGGCCUCACCCUUCUUCUUCCCCUAGCUAGCCUGCUCUGUUCACGGAGCAGGACAACCCGGCCGGCCGGCUCGGUAAUUCCGCUCCAUUUCAUGAACGAUCUGCGAUAUUGAAAUGGCGCUGCAGCUGGAGAAUGGCCGUCCGCAUCAUCAUCAUCAGGAAGUGCCCAUCAUGGUGAAGAAGAAAAGAGGUUCUGCCAACUCUGGUGAGAGUUCUGGAGAGGUUCCAGGAGCUCUUGGCCAGGGUUCUUCACAGCGAGCUGAGAGAGCUCCUCAGCAUCAUGGCGGAGGACGUGGUUGGGUGCCUCAACAGGGUGGCCGUGGUGGUGGGCAAUACCAGGGUCGUGGUGGACAUUAUCAGGGCCGUGGAGGGCAAGGUUUGCACUAUCCAGGCGGAGGGCCUCCUGAGUAUCACGGUCGUGGAGGGCCAGGUUCACAUCACCCAGGUGGUGGGCCUCCAGAGUAUCAGGGACGUGGAGGAUCUGGUUCACAUCACCCAGGUGGUGGGCCUCCCGAGUAUCAACCGCGUGACUAUCAGGGACGCGGUGGUUCACGCUCCAGAGGUGGAAUGCCACAGCCAUACUAUGGCGGACCUAGGGGAGGGGGCGGUGGACGUACUGUUCCUUCAGGUCCAUCAAGAACAGUUCCCGAGCUGCACCAAGCCCCACAUGUCCAAUAUCAAGCCCCGGUGGUUUCACCAACCUCAUCGGGAGCUGGCUCAUCCUCACAUCCUGAGGCGGAGGUGAGCAGUGGACAACUCCAACAACAGUUUCAGCAACUUGCAAUCCAUGGUCAAAGUUCGACCAAUCAAGCCAUUCAAAUAGCACCACCAUCAAGCAAAUCAGUUAGGUUCCCGUUGCGCCCUGGCAAGGGUACAUAUGGGGACAGGUGCAUUGUGAAGGCAAACCAUUUCUUUGCCGAACUUCCUGAUAAAGACCUUCACCAAUACGACGUAUCUAUUACUCCUGAGGUUACUUCACGUGGCGUGAAUCGUGCUGUUAUGUUUGAGCUAGUAACGCUCUAUAGAUAUUCCCAUCUGGGUGGGCGCCUACCUGCCUAUGAUGGAAGGAAGAGUCUUUACACAGCUGGACCGUUGCCAUUUGCUUCUAGGACAUUUGAAAUUACUCUUCAAGAUGAGGAAGAUAGUCUUGGUGGUGGCCAAAGCACCCAAAGGCGAGAGAGACUAUUUAGGGUGGUGAUCAAGUUUGCUGCCCGUGCUGAUCUCCACCAUUUGGCUAUGUUUCUAGCUGGAAGGCAAGCAGAUGCUCCUCAAGAAGCCCUUCAAGUCCUUGACAUUGUGUUACGUGAAUUGCCUACCGCAAGGUAUUCACCAGUUGGUCGGUCAUUUUAUUCUCCCAAUUUGGGAAGACGCCAGCAGCUUGGUGAGGGUUUGGAAAGUUGGCGUGGUUUUUACCAAAGCAUAAGGCCUACCCAGAUGGGUCUCUCGCUGAAUAUUGAUAUGUCAUCCACUGCAUUUAUCGAGCCUCUGCCUGUGAUUGAUUUUGUUGCUCAGCUUCUGAACAGAGACAUCUCAGUUAGACCAUUAUCUGAUUCUGAUCGUGUGAAGAUAAAGAAAGCCCUAAGAGGUGUGAAGGUUGAGGUGACACACAGAGGAAACAUGCGAAGAAAAUAUCGUAUAUCUGGACUCACUUCACAGGCAACAAGAGAGUUAUCGUUCCCUGUUGAUGAUCGUGGUACUGUGAAGACUGUUGUGCAGUAUUUUCUGGAGACAUAUGGUUUUAGUAUUCAGCACACCACUUUACCUUGCCUUCAAGUGGGCAAUCAGCAAAGACCUAAUUAUCUGCCAAUGGAGGUAUGUAAGAUCGUUGAGGGGCAGCGUUACUCGAAACGGCUUAACGAGAAACAGAUUACUGCACUACUGAAAGUGACUUGCCAGCGACCUCAAGAGCGUGAACUGGAUAUUUUGCGGACUGUGUCCCACAAUGCAUACCACGAAGAUCAGUAUGCACAGGAAUUUGGCAUAAAAAUUGAUGAGCGUCUUGCAUCAGUUGAAGCCCGUGUUCUGCCUCCCCCUAGGCUUAAAUAUCAUGAUAGCGGGAGAGAGAAGGAUGUGUUGCCGAGAGUUGGCCAGUGGAACAUGAUGAAUAAGAAAAUGGUCAAUGGUGGGAGAGUCAACAACUGGGCAUGUAUUAACUUCUCUAGAAAUGUGCAAGAUAGUGUUGCCAGGGGCUUCUGUCAUGAACUGGCUAUUAUGUGCCAAAUAUCUGGAAUGGAUUUUGCACUGGAACCUGUGCUGCCCCCGCUUACUGCUAGACCUGAACAUGUGGAACGUGCGCUGAAGGCACGCUAUCAAGAUGCUAUGACCAUGCUCAGACCGCAGGGCAGGGAACUUGACUUGCUGAUUGUAAUUCUGCCUGACAAUAAUGGUUGUCUUUAUGGGGAUCUCAAAAGAAUCUGUGAGACUGAUCUUGGAUUGGUCUCCCAAUGUUGUUUGACCAAACAUGUUUUUAAAAUGAGCAAGCAGUAUCUUGCAAAUGUUGCCCUUAAAAUAAACGUUAAGGUUGGGGGAAGGAAUACUGUACUUGUGGAUGCUUUGACAAGGAGGAUUCCCCUUGUCAGUGACAGACCAACUAUUAUAUUUGGUGCAGAUGUUACUCAUCCUCAUCCUGGAGAAGAUUCCAGUCCUUCGAUUGCAGCUGUGGUUGCUUCUCAAGACUGGCCUGAAGUCACUAAGUAUGCAGGAUUAGUGAGUGCCCAAGCCCAUCGUCAAGAAUUGAUACAGGAUCUGUUCAAAGUAUGGCAAGAUCCACACAGAGGAACUGUUACGGGUGGCAUGAUCAAGGAGCUUCUCAUUUCUUUCAAGAGGGCUACUGGACAGAAACCUCAGAGGAUAAUAUUUUACAGGGAUGGUGUUAGCGAGGGGCAGUUCUAUCAAGUUUUGUUGUAUGAGCUUGAUGCCAUUAGAAAGGCAUGUGCGUCCCUGGAACCCAAUUAUCAGCCUCCUGUUACUUUUGUGGUAGUCCAGAAACGGCAUCACACAAGGUUGUUCGCUAAUAAUCACAACGAUCAGCGUGCUGUUGAUAGAAGUGGAAACAUUCUGCCUGGAACUGUUGUUGAUUCAAAGAUUUGUCAUCCGACUGAGUUUGAUUUCUACCUGUGUAGCCAUGCUGGCAUACAGGGAACAAGCCGACCUGCUCAUUACCAUGUUCUGUGGGAUGAGAACAAAUUUACUGCCGACGAGUUGCAGACCCUCACAAACAACUUGUGCUACACUUAUGCAAGGUGCACUCGCUCUGUAUCGAUUGUGCCUCCUGCAUACUAUGCUCAUCUGGCAGCCUUCCGGGCUCGCUUUUACAUGGAGCCAGAGACAUCUGACAGUGGAUCGAUGGCGAGUGGAGCUGCAACGAGCCGUGGUGGCCUUCCACCGGGUGUUGCGCGCAGCGCCAGGGUUACUGGAAAUGUAUCCGUGAGGCCUCUACCUGCUCUUAAGGAAAACGUGAAACGUGUCAUGUUUUACUGCUAAGAUGUUUGCGCCAAGGAAUGUCCUACGCUAUGUUAUUUUAAGUGGUGAUUGUUCGACUUUUCUAUAAAAAAAACAAAUGAUACGUUUGCAAACUAAAACUAAUG